AUGUACUUCAAAAAAUCAAGUUUAAACAAAAGAAUACAAGAAUUAAAAGAUUCAAUUGAUUUAGAAAAAAAUGUUGAAGAAAUUGUACCAUAUCCAGAGCCAACAAAAUCAAAAGUUCCAUAUAAACAACAACUAUUACCUUUUGAUAUAGAUCUAGAAGAUAAUAAAAUAAUUUUUGAUUUAAAAGAUAAUAAAAUAUGGAACUCAUCAAUUUUCCCAAAAACUAAUAAAGAAAAAUUGGAAAAUUUAUUGAAACAAUACUCGGCUAGUUAUUGGGUUAGAAUAAAAUAUUUUUUAACUAAAGCUUGGAUAUUAAUUAAAGAAAGUUUUAUUAUCAUCUUUCAUGAUAUUUUGGAAAUUUUAUCAACAAUCAUAUUCUUCAUUUAUUAUACAAUUCGUGGAUUGACUUAUUUAACAAUAGAAGUUUUGAUACUUUUAGCAUGUGGUUUUCUAAUUUUACUUCCAUUAGCUUUAUUAGCUUUACCAUUUGCACUUAUUUCUGGCUUUGCUUUUCUGUAA